ACCAUUUUUGGUGACUGUCAAAUGUAAAGGCGUAAAAAUCAUUUGUAAAUAAUAAUUCAGAAAAAAAAUGCGCGCAUGUUUGUGUUACUAAAUUGGAUUCUAAAAUCCUAUUUUAGUUAAUUUCGGGGAUGUAUAUCAUACGUCCAGGAUUAGUUUAUCCCUUAUUGUAUAUUUUAGGGAAAAUUUUACAAAUUAUAGAUAAAAAUACAGUAAAUCUAGAUUAAUAAUAUAUUAUUAUUAAGAAUUCGACUGGUCAAAAGCUUUGUGAAAAAAAAUAUAGUUUUCUUAUUCGGUGAUGACGAACAAACUGAUGAUAAAGGCUUUCAAGAUAGUAAUAAAGAAAAAAACUGAAGAAUCUCAGAAUAAAUUUAUUAAGGUUCAAGGAAGGAAGAUGCACGAAUUUGAAAAAUGGUUGAUUGGAGAAGAUAUUAGAAAGAUCGAAGAGAGAAAAGAUCAUUGGUUAAAUAAUGAAAAAACGGAUUCAGAUGAUGAUGAAUUUAUCAAUGAAGAAUUACAAUUUGUAAAAAAUUAUGAAAAAUCACACUCUGAUCAACUUGAUGAAGAAAUAUUAUUGAAUUUACAAACUGUGCAUGAAGGAUGUCGUCAAGAGUUGAAUGAUAUUUAUGAUGAAGCGCGUCGUUAA